CGGAACGUAUUACUAGAUCGUUAGUGGCCUUGUCUUGCUUUUCUUUUCGUUUCUGUGCGAGAGAGAGGGUCUCUUUGAAUUUUAUGGAUGGAUGGAUGGAUGGUAUGAGUUAGCCCAUGGCCUGUGGUUCAGAUUGGUGAAGGCCCUUUGUUUUACUUCUAUUAUUUUUAUUUGGGGGGCUUUGGGGCUUUGGAUUGGAGUGGAGGAGGGUGAGCCGGUGGGGGCGGACAAGUUUUUUAACUUCAUAUUGCAACUUCACACACAACCUUUUUCUUUUCGUCAUUUGUAUUUUACUAACCGGGUUUUUAUUCCUUUUUUUUGUUUUCUGAUUCUGUUGCUGAUUCUGUUGCUGUUUUCUGUUGGGUGGGAGCUUGCUGUACUUUUUUUUUUUUUUUGAGUUUUCCGCUACUACUACUUUUACUUCCACUUUACCCUUCUUCCUCUU